AACAGCUAGCAUAUACCAUAACCUUGCUUAAUUUCACUUCCUCUGGAUUUGGCUUCCUUUGUUGUUAUUACUAUUUUUUUCUUCACACUUUGUCAUUCUCCAGGAAUUCCCACCCACUUCUCUCAUCCUCCUCCUACUUAAACCCAAAGCUUCUGCUCGUCCCAAAAAAAAGAAAAGCUUCUGAGAGAUACCAUUCUGAGAUUCUCUGAUUUUCCUGAGAAACUUGUCUGGGCGUAUGUGACAACAUUAUCGGCCAGACGCCAAGUUUCGUAAAUUCACAAUCUUCCGGCGACUGAAAGCAAAAGAAUACAGAAAAAUGAGUCGAAGCCGAUUGGAGCAGCUAAUAAGUGGAAGCCGGUUGGAGCAGCUUAAACCUCCGACCUUGGUGGCAUUGCCGGAAAAAACCAAGGCUUUAUUGGUCCGCUGCAUGCGCGUGGGACUCAUCCUCUGUCUGAUCGCGUCAAUCGCACUCGGCCUCUGCUCCGCCUUCUCUUCCCAAUCCCACUGGUUUCCCCUCCUCGACCGGAACCGAACCCGCUCCGCUACCUCCAUCUUCUCCACCACCGGCGUCGACAGCGAACCCCCCACCAACAUCUCCCACAUUCUCUUCAGCAUCGGCAGCUCCGUCAACACGUGGCGCGAUCGGAGCCGCUACGCCGAAGCAUGGUGGGACCGGAACACAACACGCGGAUACGUUUGGCUGGACGCGAAACCCGAGAACUUAACUAACGUGUCGGCUUAUUAUAUCCCGUACCGGGUGUCGGGAAACUGGACCCGGUUCAAGUACAGCCACUCGCAGUCGGCGGUCCGGAUCGCCCGGGUCGUGGUGGACAGCUUCAACCUCCGGCUGCCGAACGUGAGGUGGUUCGUGAUGGGAGACGACGACACGGUGUUCUUCCCCCACAACUUGGUCUCGGUGCUGUCACGUUACGACCAUAACCGGAUGUACUACAUUGGCGGGAACUCGGAGAGCGUCGAGCAGGACGUGAUGCACGCGUACGACAUGGCGUUCGGCGGCGGCGGGUUCGCCAUCAGCUACCCGCUGGCGGCGCGUCUGGCGGAGCUGAUGGACGGGUGUUUGGAACGGUACUACAACAUGUACGGCUCCGAUCAGAGGGUGUGGGCCUGCGUGAGCGAGACAGGUGUGUCUCUCACGCAGCUGGGUGGGUUCCACCAGUUUGACAUCAGAGGUGAUCCUUAUGGUGUUUUAGCGGCUCACCCAUUGGCACCACUAUUGUCCCUUCACCACAUUGACGCCUUGGCACCCAUUUUCCCCAACCAGACCCAUCUAGACUCGAUCAAGUCCCUCGUCCAUGCAUACCGGGUUGACCCACCUCGGAUCCUACAACAAAGUGUCUGCUAUGACCGGAGGCGUAAAUGGACAGUGUCCAUUUCAUGGGGCUACACCCUUCAGCUCUACCCCACAAUGGUGUCGGCUCUUGAUCUUCGAAGGCCGUUGCAAACGUUCAAGACGUGGCGGAGUUGGGCUGAUGGACCCUUCACGUUCAAUACCCGACCAGUGAGUUCCAACCCGUGUGAGCGGCCAAUCACUUAUUUUUUGGAGCAUGUUAAGGACGGCAAGAGUGGGAAUACUUUGACCACUUACAAGAGGUUCGGUCAUAAAGAGAGGGAAUGUAAUAGAACAGACUAUCAUCAUGCAAUGGCAAUGCAGAGGAUCGUAGUUCUCUCAAGGAAGAUGGACCCUCAGUACUGGACAAAGGAGCUGGCUCCGCGUAGACAGUGCAGCGAGAUUAAGAAUCGUGCAAGCUUAAGGGGCGGAACGAUGAUGAUUAAAAUUAGGAGAUGUAGACCCUCGGAAUCUAUAACAAUAUAGAGGGUUAAUCAGGACGGAGGGCUGUGAGAUUACAAUACUCUAGGCUGGAGAGGUUUGUUUUGGGGGGAUUAGCAUAUACUGCUUAUAGAUUAGCACCCAUAAGCCAUUGUUUCAUUUCUGUAACAUGGUAAGGGUAGAUUAGACCACACUUGGAAGUAAUAACUCCCUUUUGUUUCAUUC